AUGAAGCUGAUACCUCUCAUCAUGAAAAAUAAAGGAAUGGACACCGUUUCGUUUUGCCGCUUCAUGGGAACGGCGAGUCUUUUCAUAUCUAUCUUUCUAUCUAUCUAUCUAUCUCAAUGUAUUCAUGCUAAUCUCAUUUCUUCCAUAUGCCUUUAUUUAUUUCGGUAUCUGUCUAUCUAUCUAUCUAUCUACUCUCUCUUCAGAUCUAUCUAUCUAUCUAUCUAUCUAUCUAUCUAUCUAUCUAUCUAUCUAUCUAUCUACUCUCUCUUCAGAUCUAUCUAUCUACUCUUCAGAUCUAUCUAUCUAUCUAUCUAUCUAUCUAUCUAUCUACUCUCUCUUCAGAUCUAUCUAUCUAUCUAUCUACUCUCUCUUCAGAUCUAUCUAUCUACUCUUCAGAUCUAUCUCUCUAUCUAUCUAUCUAUCUAUCUAUCUAUCUAUCUAUCUAUCUAUCCUCUCUUCAGAUCUAUCUAUCUAUCUAUCUAUCUAUCUAUCUAUCUAUCUAUCUAUCUAUCUACUCUCUCUUCAGAUCUAUAUAUCUACUCUUCAGAUCUAUCUAUCUAUCUAUCUAUUCUCUCUUCAGAUCUAUCUAUCUAUCUAUCUAUCUAUCUAUCUACUCUCUCUUCAGAUCUAUCUAUCUACUCUUCAGAUCUAUCUAUCUAUCUAUCUAUCUAUCUAUCUAUUCUCUCUUCAGAUCUAUCUAUCUAUCUAUGUAUCUACUCUCUCUUCAGAUCUAUCUAUCUAUCUAUCUAUCUAUCUAUGGGUGUUUUUGUUUGGUUCUGUGAAUUAUACCAUCAUCAUGUAAUCUGGAUUUUCGUGGAUACUCUUUCAUUUCUCAUAGCUUCUUUUUUUAUUAUUUUCCUUCCUUCCAACCUUCAUUCCUUCCUUUCUUCCUGCCUUCCUUCCUUCAUUUCAAAUUUAUUUUUAACAUUUCCUUUUAAUAUUGAUCUUUCUUUUUUUUUUUUUUUCUACAUUUGCCAAUCUUAUGUUUUCAUUUUUUAUCUUCUUUUUAUUCUUUCUUUCUUUUUUUUCCAGUUUUCUUUUAUUUUCCGUCUCUUUCUCCUUCCCAAGAAAGGAAAUUGUUUUCCCACCGUUUUUUUCUUUCUUUCUUUCUUUCUUUCUUUCUUUCUUUCUUUCUUUCUUUCUUCAUUUUUUUUCCUUUUUGGUAUUUCUUCAUUAUAUUUCUCUCUUUUUCUUUCAUUUCUUUUAAGUUGCUUUUAUUCUUUUUUUUUCUUCUUUCUUUCAUUUUCUUUCAUUUCUUUCGUGUUCUCUCUCAUUUGUCCUUCCUUCUCUAUCUAUAACAUAUCAAUCUUAACUCUUCUAUCUCUGUAUUUCUACCCAUUUCUUUCACUCACCAUUUUUGAUAUUUCUCCUUCCCAAAAAAGGAAAUGGUGUUUCUACCGUUUCCUUCUUUCUUUCUUUCUUUCUUUCUUUCUUUCUUUCUUUAUACCUUUCUUUCUUUAUACCUUUCUUUCUUUCUUUCUUUUUUAUACCUUUCUUUCUUUCUUUAUACCUUUCUUUCUUCAUUGUAUAGCGCACAAUUUUUUAUAUUUCUCCUUCCCAAGAAAGGAAAUUGUUUUCCCACCGUUUCUUCCUUUCUUUCUUUCUUUCUUUCUUUCUUUCUUUAUACCUUUCUUUCUUCAUUGUAUAGCGCACCAUUUUUUAUAUUUCUCCCUCCCAAGAAAGGAAAUUGUUUUCCCACCGUUUCUUUCUUUCUUUCUUUCUUUCUUUCUUUCUUUCUUUCUUUCUUUCUUUCUUUCUUUCUUUCUUUCUUUCUUUCUUUCUUUCUUUCUUUCUUUAUUGUAUAGCGCACCAUUUUUUAUAUUUCUCCUUCCCAAGAAAGGAAAUUGUUUUCCCACUGUUUCUUUCUUUCUUUCUUUCUUUCUUUCUUUCUUUCUUUCUUUUCUUUCUUUCUUUCUUUUCUUUCUUUCUUUGUUGUAUAGCGCACCAUUUUUUAUAUUUCUCCUUCCCAAGAAAGGAAAUUGUUUUCCCACCGUUUCUUUCUUUCUUUCUUUCUUUCUUUCUUUCUUUCUUUCUUUCUUUCUUUCUUUCUUUAUACCUUUCUUUCUUCAUUGUAUAGCGCACCAUUUUUUAUAUUUCUCCUUCCCAAGAAAGGAAAUUGUUUUCCCAUUCUUUCUUUCUUUCUUUCUUUCUUUCUUUCUUUCUUUUCUUUCUUUCUUUCUUUCUUUCUUUCUUUCUUUAUACCUUUCUUUCUUCAUUGAAAUUGUUUUCCCACCGUUUCUUUCUUUCUUUCUUUCUUUCUUUCUUUCUUUCUUUCUUUCUUUCUUUCUUUCUUUAUUUCUACCUUUCUUUCUUCAUUGUAUAGCGCACCAUUUUUUAUAUUUCUCCCUCCCAAGAAAGGAAAUUGUUUUCCCACCGUUUCUUUGUUUCUUUGUUUCUUUCUUUCUUACUUUCUUUCUUUCUUUAUACCUUUCUUUCUUUCUUUCUUUCUUUCUUUCUUUCUUUCUUUCUUCAUUGUAUAGCGCACCAUUUUUUAUAUUUCUCCUUCCCAAGAAAGGAAAUUGUUUUCCCAACGUUUCUUUUCUUUCUUUCUUUCUUUCUUUCUUUCUUUCUUUCUUUCUUUCUUUCUACCUUUCUUUCUUCAUUGUAUAG